CACCCCUCACGUUCUCCGUCUGUGUUCUAGACUGCGCCUCUUCAGCUAACUGGGGAGAGAUCGAACCCAGAGCCGCCCCUCCACCGGCCCGGGGGAGUGUAGAAGGCUCCACAGUGAGGUUCCAGGCUGCCGGUCCCGGAGCGGGAAGGGAGGAGGAGGUCACCUGCCCCAGCUGCACCGGGGGUGAGGAAGAGGCUGGGGGAGAGCCCAGCCUGGCUGCCUCGCCAGGAGGGAGCGCUCAAGAGCAGCUGGCUACACCGCUGGACAGCGACGCAGGCGCUGGAGCCCAGAACUUCGCUGGAGCCCCCUUGCAGGCUGCAGACGGACCCUGCCCCCAGCUGCUGCCCUCCAUGCUGGAGAGAAUUGCCCGCAGCGGGGCUCCAGUGAAGAGCCAGCAGAAGGGGGAGCCGGACCUCACGGUGGCCCAGAAGCAGGCCUUGCUCGGCGGGCUGUAUCGGAGCAAGCCCCUGGUGUUCCUGGAGCGGUUCAGGGCUCAGAUCCGCAGCGAGGACCUGCCUUGCUUCCAGCACCUCGCCGGGGGUUAUGAGGCAGAGUUCUACUGCAGGGAGAUCCGACGGGCCGGCGCCGCCGGGAAGAGGAGCGGGCUCACCCAGAUUAGGAACAAGAGAUACGCAGCGCUGCAGAAACUCAUCCAGGGCGGAGAGUAUUUUAGCGAGGACUGCAUGCGCUCCCGGGACCCCCUUCUGUACGAGCAGUGCAUCGGACAGUACCUGACCGACGAGGAGGUUCUGGAGCGGGGCAGCCGGGCCGGUUCAGAGCGAGGCUCCCUCGCGGACCUGCUGCUCUCCUCCUACCAGGAGGGGCUGAUCCAGAGGAGGCUGGAGAGGCAGCAGGAGAGAGAGGCGGGGGCUGAGGAGGAGGAGGAGGAGGAGGAUGCCCCACCACUGUGGGAGCCCGGUCCCCAGGAGAAGGCUCUGCUCAGGGAGGAGUUUCUCAGCCGAAUGCACCAACGCUUCCUGGAGGGCAAGGACCAGGACUUCAACUACAGUGAAGUGGAUGAGAACCCUGAUUAUGAUAACCUGGACAUUGUGACUCAGGACGAGGAGGAGAAAUAUUUUGACGAAGAUUCGGAUGAGACAGAGGAGAUGGAGACGCGGUGAGGCUCAGAGAUCGGGGCUAGAGCUACAACAACACACACUGCAAAAAAACAAAAAAAACAAACCCAAACGAGAUUGUAAAAUAAAGCACCACAGCGGUUCUGUUGUUAGAAUUUGUUUUGUAUAACUACCGGUCGACUUGUCUGUUUCUUAAGAGUCCAGUUUAAUGAGCAAAAAAACUGGCUUAUUAUCAACACAACUG